GCGCUGACCAUGCCCAGCGGCUGCCGCUGCCUGCAUCUCGUGUGCCUGUUGUGCAUUCUGGGGGCUCCCGGUCAGCCUGUCCGAGCCGAUGACUGCAGCUCCCACUGUGACCUGGCCCACGGCUGCUGUGCACCUGACGGCUCCUGCAGGUGUGACCCGGGCUGGGAGGGGCUGCACUGUGAGCGCUGUGUGAGGAUGCCUGGCUGCCAGCACGGUACCUGCCACCAGCCAUGGCAGUGCAUCUGCCACAGUGGCUGGGCAGGCAAGUUCUGUGACAAAGAUGAACAUAUCUGUACCACGCAGUCCCCCUGCCAGAAUGGAGGCCAGUGCAUGUAUGACGGGGGCGGUGAGUACCAUUGUGUGUGCUUACCAGGCUUCCAUGGGCGUGACUGCGAGCGCAAGGCUGGACCCUGUGAACAGGCAGGCUCCCCAUGCCGCAAUGGCGGGCAGUGCCAGGACGACCAGGGCUUUGCUCUCAACUUCACGUGCCGCUGCUUGGUGGGCUUUGUGGGUGCCCGCUGUGAGGUAAAUGUGGAUGACUGCCUGAUGCGGCCUUGUGCUAACGGUGCCACCUGCCUUGACGGCAUAAACCGCUUCUCCUGCCUCUGUCCUGAGGGCUUUGCUGGACGCUUCUGCACCAUCAACCUGGAUGACUGUGCCAGCCGCCCAUGCCAGAGAGGGGCCCGCUGUCGGGACCGUGUCCAUGACUUCGACUGCCUCUGCCCCAGUGGCUAUGGUGGCAAGACUUGUGAGCUUGUCUUACCUGUCCCAGACCCCCCAAUGACAGUGGACACCCCUCUAGGGCCCACCUCAGCUGUAGUGGUACCUGCCACGGGGCCAGCCCCCCACAGCGCAGGGGCUGGUCUGCUGCGGAUCUCAGUGAAGGAGGUGGUGCGGAGGCAAGAGGCUGGGCUAGGUGAGCCUAGCUUUGUGGCCCUGGUGGUGUUUGGGGCCCUCACUGCUGCCCUGGUUCUGGCUACUGUGUUGCUGACCCUGAGGGCCUGGCGCCGGGGUGUCUGCCCCCCUGGACCCUGUUGCUACCCUGCCCCACACUAUGCUCCAGCGUGCCAGGACCAGGAGUGUCAGGUUAGCAUGCUGCCAGCAGGGCUCCCCCUGCCACCUGACUUGCCCCCUGAGCCUGGAAAGACCACAGCACUGUGAUGGAGGUGGGGGCUUUCUGGCCCCCUUCCUCACCUCUUCCACCCCUCAGACUGGAGUGGUCUGUUCUCACCACCCUUCAGCUUGGGUACACACACAGAGGAGACCUCAGCCUCACACCAGAAAUAUUAUUUUUUUAAUACACAGAAUGUAAGAUGGAAUUUUAUCAAAUAAAACUAUGAAAAUGCAA